ACAUUCUCGACUCGUACUCCCGCGCAAUGUCAAUGAUCCAAGCUAGCCGCAUUCGAUAUCAAACUUAAGUCUUCCCGAAGUUCCAACUUCCAAUUGCGGACUAAAGAGAAAACACACGUUCGGUAUUUUUACAAUACCUUUUUCAAGUGACCAAAAUAUUUCACAUGCGAAGAGGGGUCCGAUUGGAAGCUAAUGUCAUAAAAUUUCGCAUAAUAUAAAUCACUACCAGCAUAUCAUUGUAUGCAUAAUACCGGUAAAAAUCACUGAAGUUGAUUAUAGAGGCAUCCUUAUCAGACCUAAAGUCAACACUUGAACAUCUGUAGAUCAAAUCUUGCUGCCAGUGCCCAGUAUUUCACAUCAUCCAGUGACGUUUGGGUUCCACCGGGUCCUCUCAUCACGUAAAACCGAGUCUGUAUAUUCUUAAGCAGAAUGUCUUGCCCAUUUGGAGGUGGCAGUAACAGGGUGCCGAAUGGUGAUAGAGAGAAAGGUGAUGAUAAGAAGCUCACAUAUGGUAGCUAUCUUCAGCUAGACAAGCUUCUUGAUUGUGUUGGUCCUCAAAGCGGUGCAAACCCGACUGGUACACCAGUGCAUGAUGAGCAUCUCUUCAUUAUUACACAUCAGGCUUAUGAACUAUGGUUCAAACAGAUAUUGUUUGAGAUUGAUUCCAUCAUAGAUAUACUCAGUCAGGUGCCUGUGGAUGAGAAGAAUCAGCUUGUCAUGAUGAACAGGAUGGAACGUAUUGUACAGAUACUCAAGCUCCUUGUUGAUCAGAUCUAUGUCCUAGAGACGAUGACUCCACUCUCAUUCUCUGAGUUCAGAGAUUAUCUCUCGCCAGCCUCUGGUUUCCAAAGCUUCCAAUUCAGAUUAUUAGAGAACAGAUUGGGAAUAAAACCUACCAUGAGAGUGAGUUAUCAGCGUCGGAAUUAUGCCAGUGUUUACAGCGAGGAGUUGCAAGCUACCUUGAAGAAAUCGGAAGAAGACCCUACUUUAUUGAAUGUUGUAGAGAGUUGGCUGGAGAGAUGUCCUGGUUUGGAGCCAGAAGGGUUUAACUUCUGGGAGAAAUAUAAUUACCAAGUUCAAGCAUUCCUCAACGAUUAUCUCAUUAGAGCAGAGGCUGCAGAGAGUGAAGAAGAAAGAGAUCAGAUUUUGAACGAUCACAAGUCAUUUAAGGAAACGUUUGAUGUCAUACUAGACACAGAGAAAUACAAAGCAAUGCUGGCAAGAGGUGAUGUUCGAAUCUCUCACAAAGCUCUACAGGGGGCGCUGUUGAUAUCCCAUUACAGAGAAGAAGUCCGCUUCCACCAACCCUACCAGUUUAUGACAAGGCUUAUGGAUAUUGAUUCUCUUCUCACAAAAUGGAGAUAUAAUCAUGUUAUGAUGGUUCAGAGAAUGAUUGGUUCUAAGCCAGGAACAGGUGGUUCAUCUGGUUAUCACUACCUUCGAUCUACUGUCAGUGAUCGUUACAAGGUCUUCCUCGACCUCUUCAACCUUUCCAACUACCUCCUCCCCAGGAAUUACAUCCCUCCCCUCACUCCCGUUAUGAAGCGCACACUGUCCAUCCCCAACCUCAACACCAGCGUGGACAGUGGAAUGUUCCGCAGGUUUCACAUCGGCAGCCCUAGUAGGAGUGGAGGAGGUCUUCUAUCAUCUAGUCCUAGCUCACUGGGGAGGGGAAGCUUGCCUGGGACACCUGAAGAUGCUAUCUUUGAAGGGCUGAGCUCUUCCGAUGAUGAUGAGGAUAGUGACCAAUCUCCUCAGGCUAAUGGUCAAAUUGUAUUCUCUGCAUGAAAGAUGCUGCCAUGCAGAGAUGCAUCUGCAAAUUUGAAGCAACUUUAAUGGACCAUUUAUUGAGUAGAAAUACAGAUGGCCACAAACAAAGUUGAUACGUUUUACUGAAAUGAAUAUAUCGAGCAUUUAUUUUUGUAUUUUAUAUUGAAAAUGUUCUUGUCUUUACAAAGUGUAAAGUAUAUCUUUUUAUGAAAAACUGAAUGUAACACUGUUUUGUUUACAUGCAAUUACUCCUUGCAAUUAAGAACUACAUGUGUUUGAUUUUGAGGACAAUCUUUUUCUUUCUUUUUUAAUGUAAUUAUGAUGUCUGGAUCUGUUUUUCAAUGAGACAUAAAGUCUGAGACAAAGACUUUAAAGGGAUGCUUUGGGCUGAAAGUAAUAUGAAAUAAACAGAUAAAGAAAAAUCAGACAAUUAAAACACUAAAAAUUUGAUCAAAAUCGGUCAAGGUAUAACAAAGUUAUGGCAUUUUUGUCUCACCUGCAUAGCAGAGUGAGACUAUAGGCGCCGCUUUUCCGACGGCGACGGCGGCGGCGGCGUCAACACCAAAUCUUAACCUGAGGUUAAGUUUUUGAAAUGACAGCAUAACUUAGAAAGUAUAUGGACCUAGUUCAUGAAACUUGGCCAUAAGGUUAAUCAAGUAUUACUGAACAUCCUGCCUGAGUUUCAUGUCACAUGACCAAGGUCAAAGGUCAUUUAGGGUCAAUGAACUUAGACCAUGUUGGGGGAAUCAACAUCAAAAUCUUAACCUAAGGUUAAGUUUUUGAAAUGUCAUCAUAACUUAGAAAAUAUAUGGACCUAGUUCAUGAAACUUAUACAUAAGGUUAAUCAAGUAUCACUGAACAUCUUGCAUGAGUUUCACGUCACAUGACCAAGGUCAAAGGUCAUUUAGGGUCAAUGAACUUUGGCCGAAUUGGGGGUAUCUGUUGAAUUACCAUCAUAACUUUAAAAGUUUAUGGAUCUGAUUCAUGAAACUUGGACAUAAUAGUAAUCAAGUAUUACUGAACAUCCUGUGCAAGUUUCAGGUCACAUGAUCAAGGUCAAAGGUCAUUUAGGGUCAAUGAACUUUGGCCAAAUUGGGGUAUUUGUUGAAUUACAGCCAUAAAUUUGAAAGUGUGUUGGUCUAGUUCAUAAAACUUGGACAUAAGAGUAAUCAAGUAUCACUGAACAUCCUGUUCGAGUUUCAGGUCACAUGAACAAGGUCAAAGGUCAUGUAAGGUCAAAGAACUUUGGCCACGUUGGGGGUAUUUGUUGAAUUGCCAUCAUAUCUCUAUAAGUGUAUUGGUCUAGUUCAUAAAACGUGGAAAUAAGAGUAACCAAGUAUCACUGAACAUCUUGUGCGAGUUAUAGUAGUUUUCAAAAUCAGCACUGCUGCUAUAUUGAAUCGCGUGAUGCAGGUGAGACGGCCAGAGGCAUUCCACUUGUUAAGAUUUGCAUUAUUCCGGUGAAACUGUUUUAGGCAUGUCUUCAUGAAUAUUCAAUGAGCAAAUUGAUAAUGUCACAUCCCCACUUGUUCUUUUGUAUUUUAUAAUAUGAAAUUGGGUUUAUUCAAAUUUUUUCUACCAAGAACUGAAAAAAUUGGAUUGACAUCUGAUUUACUGUAUUAGAUAUUCAUUGCUGCAACUUAUUUCAUUAUAAAUGAGACACAUUGUUCACACAUGUAUGAAAAUAUGAAACAAUUAUGAUUUCAUGUCAUAACAUAAGAAAAAGGAAAGUGGGGAUGUGGCAUCAUCAGCCCACCUAAUGAAUAUUCAUGAUGACGUGCAUAUAACUACAUUAUUAAAAAAAAAAAUAUUGCUAAACUUUAAAAUUCAAUAACUAUGUUACUUGUUAUCCGAUUUUGAUGAGAUUUUAAGCUUUGCUCAGUGAAUUUUACUCUAUUUUUUAGAAAUAAAUUUUUUUCAGCCUGGAGAAUCCCUUUAAUCUUAAUGUCCAAGACCAAUGUAGGAUCCAAUCAGGGUAGUGUUUCAUCAACAUUUUUGUUCGACAAGUUGUCAGAUCUGACAACUUUCUUUGAUUCUGAUUGGCUGAAAGGCAUUGUUAGUAUGGUCAGAUAAAACAGGACUUGUCAGAUAAUACGUCUGACAAGUCCUUUCAUGAAAUGUUCGCCAGGAUGUGAUUUCUAUGGGGUGUUUUUAUAUUUCCUGUGCACACAUGAUGCAUUUGUAUUAAUUGUAUUUAGAUAUAUGAUAAAUGAGCAGUUCCAUGAAAUGAUGUCUUAUACCUCUGACAUGUUUUUCUCAUUUACUUCUCUUCUUGGGUCAUGAGAAUAUGAGAGCACAUCCCUUCAUAUUAACAAAAUUAGUAGAUGAAGUUAUGGUAAAUCAUUUUAGAAAAAGUCCCUACUCUUAGGCCGCUGUCAUACUGAAGGCGAAGUGGAGUUGCUCCAGAGUAACUUUGGAUUGAGUUGAUAUGCUUGUACUGCGGACCGACAUUACACCCCCUUUCAAACUGGCAAGCUCCGCAUCGGUGUAUCUGCAGUCAUUACUGUGGUUUCCAAGUGAGUUUGCGCCAUAAUGUGUGGCGCGUGGAAUCUCCCCCAUGCGGAAGUGAAUGAAGUUAUGCGCGAGAUAGGCGAUGCCGCACUUCCGAUGCGGACUAACUAUUUGUAACCCUCUUCUCGAAGUGGGUUGAGUACUCCGCUUUGAAUUCGAAUCAAAAUAAUCUAGAAUUUCAACUGCCCUCCAAAGUGGAGUAACUCCUUCUGGACUCCGGAGUAACUCCUCUUCGGCUGUCAGUAUGAAAGUGGUAUUAGAGAGGUUUGGACCUUCUUGUACAUAAACAUUUUUUUUUGUACUCCACUAAUAAAACUCCACUAAUCCACUGUUAAAUCCACUAAUAUUAUAAAUAGUGUUGGAAAAAGUUCCCACACAUGUAUUCAUCUAAUACUCCAUGCAGCUCUUCUUGUACUUUGUAAUAGUACCUUUAAUAAUUCAGGUAAUUGGUCAAAAUAAUUAUCCUGUGUGUUUUUGUUUGCCUGUAGUGUAAUCCCGUUUGAUAAUCAUCUGUCUGAAAUUCCUAUAGCAUAUUAUGUAUUCCUCUAUGUGCCUUCAGCUAUUACUAUAUUUUUUAAAUACGUAAUUGGCCGAUGGUUUGUAUGAAAUGCUAAUUUAAAUCAGUACAGACCAGACAAAUCCGUACCUCUCUUAGUUAUUCUGUGACUAAGAAUAUAUUAUACAGUACUCCUACUUAUCCAUGUGUUCCAGGGGCCAACAAACUCUGUUUCAUUGUUUCGUUAUUCAUUUCUUCUUUUAUUUGCUCAAUUAAUCAUAAAUUCAAUACAUUGAAUUCGAUACAGAAUUGGAGUAUUGAUGAGAAAUUCUAUGUGUUUCUCUUGUCUCAAUAUUACAAAUUUACAGUCGGAUGAUUGUAAUUUUUGCUCAUUGAUUCUAAGCAUUUCUCUAUUAUUACAGAUUUGUAUGUUGAAAAUUGAAAAAGAAAUGAAUUUACUCAAAGUAGAGAUGCAGGGUAUGAAAAAAAUAUAUUAAUGUGGUCCAAUUAUAUAGUGCAGUUACUAUAUGCAUAUAUGCUGUAUACUCUACUGUGCUUGAUACUUGGAUUGAACAUAAUAGUGUUAUAAACUGGGGAUACCAGAAUUGGUGAAUUUUAUAUAAUUGAUAAUUGGCAAAAAACUUAAUUAUUACCACUGAUAUGAAGAGAUAUGGUGAUUUAAACAGAAAUUGGGUGGGUG